GUCAGGUCUCCAAGCCAGAAGGUGGCGCUAAUACACACCACAGGAUGUUUGCUCACUAAUAAAACUAAGUUUAGAAGAAAAACACAACAACGACAGAGUGGCUCAUGAUGUUGUGAACGAAGGCAGUGAUGUAUUUAUUGGCUUAUCCAAAUUGUCGUUGAGUCUGGAGGAGCUUUACAGAUCCAAUGGCAGAACAACGAUAGGCAAACGUGGAUGCUGAACUAAUUUAUUUUGCCUGCCUGCAAUCGUUAGCUUGUUCCUGGAGUUAGCAUGCCGCUCUCCAAAUUUAUUUGAUCGAGUCAUGUAUUCCGCACCUCAGCAAGACAAUGUAGCGCAAAGAGGGACUGGGAUUUUCUACCAGGCCUUGCCUGCCAUUGGUGCUGAUGGAAGAAAUAUCAUGACAUUGAUUCCAGUUCAGAUGGUCAAUGGGAAAUGUGUUCAAAGACAAGUCAUCAAACAUAAAACACGGGAAAAUGUUUCAGCACCUGUCCCCUUUGGAAUAAAGACGGCCGUGACGUCAUUAGCUACGAAACAAACUCCGGGCAAUCAGGUUUCCCUUGCGAAUGGCUUGCCUUGUCAACUUGGUGUAGCUGGUCAAGCACUGGAGCUUGGUAUUUCAUUAAAUACAUGUCCGCUUCGGACUGAAGAACCACAAACAUCCCUCAGAGGUCCCAAAAGUCAGGUGCGAUCAGUUUCCGCUUCUGAAGUUCACUCAGGUAUUAAGAAACAGCUUUUGCUGUCCUCAUCCAACUCCCUUUCAAGUUCAGAUUCGACCAUUGUGCCCACUGUGUCAUCUAAGACAACUGUCUGUCAAAGCAAUGUUUCGUCAUAUGUUUCAGAACUUUCACUGGGAUCACCCAAAUCACACUUGAAAUUAAUUCCUAAGGUUUCCCAGAGGCCCAAUAGCCCUAUGAAGUGGGUAAUUGAAGAAAUCCACUCUAAUGAGUCUGCUGUUGACCUUUCACCUUCUCCUUCUAUUCCAUCAAAAACCUUUCAAACCAUGAAACGAAGCAACAAGUUUGGAGUGCUUGAAAAAGUGGCACCUGUUUCUCUGCCAGGCUUAACUACAAGUGAAACGCAUCAGCAGCAAGCCCUGGUCAUGUGCGAUGGCAGGAUGUUUUUCGCAGCCAAAAAGGACGCCCCUUCAUCACCAGUGGAGAGCAAGGAAAAAAGUUGCCAGCUAAAAAAUCCUGUAGUUCCAGGAUCGUCAUUUUCACUCUUGCAACACUCGAGUAGUAUCACUCCAAAGGAGCCAAAUGAAGUGAUUGAUCUUUGCACUGAUGAUUAUCCAGAUGACUUGAGUCAAACACUGCAGUCAGACCCUUCUUUGGAUGAAGAUAAUGUCAUAUUUGUAUCAUAUAUUCCACCCAAGUCUGAAAAUGUGCCAAUUGAAAGUUUGGUAGAAAAAACACUGGAGAAGGAAACAAGCACACGGACCUUGGACCAAGAGACUGAACAUAAGAGGACAACCCUCACUUGCUCUGACACAACCCAUGAUCAACUGACAUGUGAAAGCUCCAUUGGCCGAAGCCAGAAACCCAAUCAGAGCAAAACGGGUUCCUCAAAUGCACUACCAGUUUGCAGAUCAUCUGACCACCUUCUCAGGCAAAUGUUUGGGGUUACAGCUGAUGUGAGAAUUCGCCUGCAGAGAAUUAAUCUCGGAUCAUCUGGUCUUGGACUCAACGAGCCUGCACAGAAGGGGCCAAGAGAGGACAUUCAGGAAACCACAAACCUCUUGAAAGAAAGUGACCUUUUCAUGCAGUACCGUUCUAAUCCAAAACAGCAUCACCGCAGCAGUAGUCCACUUGAUGUCAGAAGAACAAAACUAUCAGGAGACAUUGUCGCUUCAAGUCCCCCUGCAGGGGUAAUGGUUGGCUACGUGGAGCCAAUCGAUGACGAUAUCCCCAACUCCGACGAAAAUGACACACCUGACUCCCAGGACUUAGCUGCCCAGAACAUGAAUGGUGCUCAUUCAAAUACAAGUCGAUUGGGAAGGGCAAGGAAGCGCACAAUGUGUUCAUGUUGUGUCCCUGGUACGCUGGGCCUGCCUGCAAAGACAAGCACCGGCGUCGAAGAGUCACAGAGGUUAACAUGGACAAGAGACCACACGAGUAAACGAAAUAAACGGUGGCCAAAGGUCAAAUGAAAGAAAGAAACACUUGACUUUAGCGGGACUAACCUGACUACACGCACACAAAGGAGCCAGCAGAGAACAAGCCAGUCUAAUGUUUAUGAGCUAAUAACAAAGCAUUUGAUGUUGAUCAAAAAUGCAGCAGCACUUGCACUGAAGGUGGUGCUUAUUUAAGCAUUAUUUAAACAGAACUGACCUAGGAGGAGUUCUAGUAGUUGUCCUAAUAGUGGACCACAAUAAAAAUAUUUUUCUUUGAAUAUACUGAUUUAAUACCUUCGAGCAUUGCCCUUAAUCUCCUUCUCAUUUUUCCAUCAUUUUCAGUUGGGACAUUCUUAUGCAGCUACUCAAAAGGGAUGUCAUUAAAUAUUUGCACCAAGGUCUAUUUUGAUUUCAUUAUGACCAUGUUUAUAAAAGUGUAUUUUUGAAAGUUUUUAUGUCAUCUUGAGUUUGAUGAUAGCAUUUUCAUUAAAUAACUUUGUUCUAACAUCAUAAGAAAAUUGUGUCGUCCUGUUUCUAUAUUUGAAGACGCUGCAAUAACUUUUGAUGUUUUGUUAUUGUUUAACAUUAACCUCCAGUUUUUUGACUUAAUUAAAUGUAUUGUAUCUCAGAUUACCUACCAGAACACUUACAUGAAUGAAAUACAUGUACUAAUAUCAAAUAUGAUUGUUGCCUUUUUGCAUUGAGCAAGAAUUGUGACAAUAGAUCAUAUACUGUAGAUGCCUUUUUGUCAUUGUUUCAAUGGCUAUUUUUUUUGUUGUUGUAUAUGACAAUUGCAAGCGUUUGGGUAUGAAGCAGUCGACAGCAAACUCGAAAUAAUGUCUGAUACAAAACAAAUAUUUUCACUCUUCAACAGGUUUCCUGUUAAAAUAUUUCCUCGCCAGAUGCUUGGAUACAACCUUUGACGAAAUGAUUGCAAAGACAUGAUAAAACAAUUUUGUAACCAGCA